CAAGUUAGCUAGAGUGCGAGGGGAUAACGUAGCAAGUCAAGCGUGGGUGCUUCCUUAAAUUUAAAGGAUAAAAACAUCUUUAACUUUCGGAGUUAGUUGGUUGACUGUUUGAUAACAAAUAGACGUCCCAAAUCUGCAUUUUCGUUAUACAUACUGUACGAAAAUCGAGGAAUCGUACAGCGCGUUUGUGGCCUGGGAAAGACGCAUGCUAGCGUAGCUAAGCUAGCUAACGUUAACGCGGCUGUUCAGCUAACGUCGCGCUUAGCACCACAGCCAAAGACCACUGCUGUGGUUCGUUUACCAGCUAAUGUCGGCUAUCCUCCUGAACAGAUAAGCACAGUCACCCAAGCUAGCGUUAACUCUGGCCGCGGUGGAGGGAAAGUUUGGCUGGAUCUAAGAUGAUCAUUGAAAACAUCGAUGCCUUGAAAACAUGGCUGUCUGAAACCCUCGAGCCCAUCUGUGAUGCAGAUCCCUCUGCCCUCGCCAAGUAUGUUGUUGCCUUGGUGAAGAAAGACAAAAGUGAAAAAGAACUUAAAGCCCUGUGCAUAGACCAGUUGGAUGUAUUUCUCCAGAAAGAGACCCAGCCAUUUGUGGAUAAGCUGUUUGAAGCCAUUAACAACAAAAACUACCUCCCGCAGCAGCAAGAGGUACCAUCCUCUCAGAUCAAAGCUGAAAAAGAGGAGCCAAAAAAAGAUGAGACAAAUCGGGAAGAAGAGCGGGAGAAGAAGUUCCCUCGGCGAAUGAAUCACAGCCCACCACAAUCAAGCUCUCGUUACAGCAGAGAUGUCAGGAGAGGAGAUGAUCGCAAGCGAGACGACCGCUCCAGGAAGAGGGAAUAUGACCGCAUACCACCAAGGAGGGACUCAUACCGUGAUCGCUACAAUCGCAGGAGAGGCCGAAGUCGCAGUUACAGUCGUAGCCGAAGUCGGAGUUGGAGCAAAGACCGCGUCCGAGACCGCGACAGAGAGAGGGAUAGGGAUAGAGACCGGGACAGAGACAGGGAUCGGGAUCGCAGUAGGAGCCGGUCGCACAGCAGGACUCGCUCUAGAAGCAGGAGCAGAGAACGAGAUUCUGGAAAGCUGAAGUUUGAUCAUGAUAGAGUGGACAGGCCAGAGGGUAGUGAUGGCUACACCCCAGCAGCCCUGGUUUCCGCAGCAACCACUACACACUUCCCUGUGCCAACACUGAGCAGCACCAUAACAGUCAUCGCACCCACGCAUCAUCACAGCAACAACACCACUGAGAGCUGGUCAGACUUCCGCCCCGGACACCCUGUGGAUCGUGGCCUUUUUAACAGGGGACCACCCCCUCAACAGAGGAAGCGAUGCCGUGACUAUGAUGAGAAGGGUUUCUGCAUGAGCGGCGACAUGUGUCCUUUUGACCAUGGAAGUGACCCAGUUGUAGUGGAGGAUGUCAAUUUGCCCAAUAUGCUGCCCUUCCAACCUCCGCCAAUCCCAGGGGUGGACCCCGCACCACCCCCAGGCCUCCCACCACCACCACCUCUUAUGAACCCCCCACCCGUGAACCUGCUGCCGCCUGUGCCCCCACCAGGCGCCCGCCCACCCAGCCUUCCACCUGUGGCAGGUCCCCCUCCUCCGCUUCCUCCACUGCAACCGUCGGGCAUGGAUGCUCCUCCCAAUUCCAUGACCAGCUCUGUUCCCACCAUCGUUACUUCUGGGAUGCGCUCCUCACUUCCCCAGGCCUCAGUGCCACAUUUCCCCAACGACAACUAUGAGUCAGAUGUGUACAACCCUGAAGCUCCCAGCAUCACUAAUACCUCCAGGCCGAUCUAUCGUCAUCGGGUCAAUGCCCAGAGACCCAAUCUGAUUGGCCUCACAAUGGGGGAGGUAGACCAGCCACCAAGAGACAAGGUCCCAAAUAACAGCAUGAGGAUUGUGAUGGAAUCUGAUUCGAGGAAGAGACCACCUUCUUCCCACGAUGGAGGCCUCCCCCCCAAGAAACCUUGGUUUGAAAAACCCAACUUUAACAAACCAAACCAUCAGGGCUUCCACAAAAGACCCCCAUUCUCUCUCAACACCAAGCUGCUGGUUCGACAAAUUCCUCACGGGCUCAACAACAUCAGCAAGCUUAAUGAACAUUUCAGCAAGUUCGGCACCAUAGUCAACCUACAGGUGGCCUUCCAGAAUGACCCAGAAGGGGCACUGAUCCAGUUUGCUUCUCCAGAGGAAGCCAAGCGAGCUAUGCAAAGCACAGAGGCUGUUCUCAACAACCGCUUCAUCAGGGUGCACUGGUUUCGAGAUGAUGGGAGUGAUGGGCAGGGCCAGUCUCACUCACAGCAGCAGCCUCAGCCACAGCCAGCCACGCAGCCCUCAGCCACGGCUCUGAAGCAGUCUGUCAAAGAUCGCCUCGGUCCGCUGCUCACUGCGAACUCUGAGCCCUCACAAGAUUCCAGCAUAGCCUCUCAGAAUCCCUCGAAGGUGUCAGUGAAAGACCGUCUGGGUUUCUCUGCCAAACCAGCAGCUCCUGUUGAAAAAGUUUUUUCAACAUCAAUGGGCCUCACAAAGACUGUAUACAAUCCUGCUGCCCUGAAAGCCGCCCAGAAAACUUCAGAAGAAGCCCUGAAGAAGAAACAGGAAGCUCUAAGACUACAGCAGGAUGUAAGGAAGAAGAAGCAGGAAAUAUUGGAGAAGCACAUUGAGACACAGAAGCUCCUGAUAUCCAAACUUGAGAAAAACAAAGCAAUGAAGGCGGAGGAUAAAGCCAAGAUCAUGGAAACUUUGGGGACGUUAACAAAGAGCAUCACCAAACUGCAAGAGGAGAUAAAGGGAAUCUCAAGCAGCAGCAACCCGCUACGUUCAGCCAAGAGCAAGGCCCAGGCUCAGAAGGAGCUGCUGGACGCGGAGCUGGACCUGUACAAGAAGACCCAGGCCGGAGAGGACACUGCUCUUUUGAAGAUCAAGUACACUCAGCUGCAAAUUGAGGCGGCUAAAAGGGGAAUCCUGACACCAGGACGGGGCCGGGGGGUCCACGCUCGUGGCCGUGGCGCUCUCAGGGCCCGGGGAAGAGGCUCCAGAGGAAGGGGAAGAGGUGUGCCACUGCAUGCGGUUGUGGACCAUCGACCACGAGCGCUGGAAAUUUCUGGUUUCAUGGAGGCAGACCAUGUAGACCUGCUGCCACACUUUGCUCAAUUUGGAGAAAUUGAAGAUUGCCAAAUGGAUGAAAACAAUCUGUCUGCAGUCAUCACGUACAAGACAAGAGCAGAGGCAGAACAGGCUGCUAUUCACGGAGUGAGGUUCAACAACCAGACUUUACGUCUGGCCUGGCAUAAGGCCGUCACGGCUCUCAGUACAGCGGAUGCUGAUGAGGCAGAACCGGAGGAGGAUGAGUACCCGGAAGAGUCGCUGAGUGACGAUGCGUUGCUGCAGGAUGAUGAUGAGGAAGAAGAUGACAACGAGCCUCGCUCCUGGCGCAGAUGAAGAUCAGUCUGUAGCUCUUCACUGGUUGCACUGGAAGAGCAUCAUCCAGCAACUUUAUAAGAUUUCAACAGCUGGUCAUAAACCAGCAAGUCACAAUUUCACUUUGGCUAGACUUUUUUUUUUCCUCCUCACAAGUGUGUAACCGGCAGAAGAACCAUGUGCAAGUUUGAUAAAUUUUAAUGUGUAUACCAGAUGCAACGAUGGUGAAUUUUUUUAAUGCUCUUAAUGUAGAAAUAGUUCUGUUUUUUUUUUUUUGUUUUGUUUUUUGUUAUUUUGGUUCUUCACAAAACAAAUUUUGUCCGGACAUGUGACAGUUGAUCACUUUGAAGACAUAUUUGCUGAACUCUCAGUUAAAGGAAACAAAACCUGUGUUGUAAUUUAACUGAAUGACAGACUGUAGCUUUUGCAGAAUAGUAUUAGGUUAACUGGUUUAAAUUCUCAUGUGUAAAUAUUUUAUGUCUGGGUUUAAAUGAUUUGUAUCAAAGCUUGGCUUCUCAGUUCCUUGGAUUUACUUUGGAUUGUACAAAAAAUAAAGAAUUGAAAUGGUCUGAAAACAUCCUGCCAAAAACAAAAAAAAAAGAGAAAAA